AUGGGAUCGCGGCCUGUGGGAGGGCGAGAGACCGCCCACCAAUGGAAAGCCACGGCGCGAGGCGUGGACCUGGAGGCUGCGCAGCGCGGCGGGCGCGGUUCAGUCGGGCAGCGGCUUCGGAGGAGGAUGUGGGCUACGCACGGGCUGGCUGUGGCGCUGGCUCUGAGCGUGCUGCCGGGCAGCCGGGCGCUGCGGCCGGGUGACUGCGAAGUUUGUGUUUCUUAUCUGGGAAGAUUUUACCAGGACCUCAAAGACAGAGAUGUCACAUUCUCACCGGCCACUAUUGAAAAAGAACUUAUAAACUUCUGCCGCGAAGCAAGAGGCAAAGAGAAUCGGUUGUGUUACUACAUUGGGGCCACAGAUGAUGCGGCCACCAAGAUCAUCAAUGAGGUGUCGAAGCCACUGGCCCACCACAUCCCCGUGGAGAAGAUCUGUGAGAAGCUCAAGAAGAAAGAUAGCCAGAUCUGUGAGCUGAAGUAUGACAAGCAGAUUGACCUGAGCACAGUGGACCUGAAGAAGCUCCGAGUGAAAGAGCUAAAGAAGAUUCUGGACGACUGGGGGGAGAUGUGCAAAGGCUGUGCAGAAAAGUCCGACUACAUCCGAAAGAUUAAUGAACUGAUGCCUAGAUACGCCCCCAAGGCAGCCAGUUCACGGACUGAUUUGUAGGCGACCGAUCCCUGCUGCACCUGAGGGAAAAAACAAAAACAAAAACAGUUCAGCUGUGUCUUCCCCAAACAGCGUUUUGUAAUUUAUUUUUUUAGGCUGGCCCCUGACAGUGUCAGGUGUGAAGCCUGGAGCUUUCCCGAUGAUGCUGGCUCUACAGCGCCCCUGUAGUGGGUGGUCCACUUCCUUCUGUUGCUGGUUUUCUCUAGGACUUCAAAGUGUGUCUGGGAUUUUUUAUUAAAGGAAGAAAAUUUCUAGCUGUC